AUGAAGGGCAGCGUUCCUCCGAACGUCCUCGCGGCGACGAGCGCGUUUCAGAGGCCGUCGCCGAUUCAAGCGCAGUCGUGGCCGAUCGUCCUGAGCGGCCGGGACAUGGUCGGCAUCGCCGCGACCGGGUCGGGGAAGACGCUGGCGUUCGGACUCCCCGCGCUGACGCAGAUUCUCUCGCAGGCGCGUUCGCGUUUUCGCCUUCGUUCACCCACCACGCCCCCCGCGAAACCGGGGCAGCCGAUCUGCCUCGUCCUCGCGCCCACGCGCGAGCUCGCGCAGCAGACCGCGCGCGUGUUCGACGAAGCGGGCAAGUCGUGUAACGUCCGAUGCGUGUGCGUUUACGGCGGAGCGCCGAAGUGGGAGCAAAAAAAACAGGCGCGUUCUAUACACUGGUCCCCAUACGACCCCAUGCGCGAGGGCGGCGGCUGCGCCGUCGUCGUCGCCACUCCGGGCCGCCUCCGCGACUUCAUGAACGACGGCGACGUCAAGCUCGACCGCGUCACGACGCUGGUGUUGGACGAGGCGGACAGGAUGUUAGACUUGGGGUUCGAGCCGGAGAUUCGGGAGAUCGCCGGCGCGACGCGCGCGGAUAGGCAAACCGUCAUGUUCAGCGCGACGUGGCCGAUGUCCAUCCAAGGCGCGUUCAUGCGCGACCCGGUCAAGGUGCGGAUCGGCGCGGAAGGUUUGAAAGCGUCGCACUCGAUCACGCAGAUCGUGGAGGUGGUCGAGCCGAACGAUAAAGACUCGCAUCUCACUCGUCUCCUCAAGAAGUACUGCGGCGGUCAGACCCCGACGCCUCGGACGCUCAUCUUCGCGUUGUAUAAGAAGGAACGCCAAAACUGGGCGUGCGUCCCGAUCCACGGCGACAUGACGCAACGAGAUCGCGAGGAGUCCGUCGCCGCGUUUAAGGACGGGUCGAAGCCCUUGCUCGUCGCCACCGACGUCGCCGCGCGAGGAUUAGACAUCAAAGGCGUGGAGUACGUUAUCAACUACACGUUCCCGCUGACCACGGAGGAUUACGUGCACAGGAUCGGACGCACGGGUCGGGCGGGGAAGACGGGCAUCGCGCACACGUUGUUCACGGUGCACGAUAAGGCGAGAGCCGGGGAGCUCGCGAACGUGCUGAGGGAGGCGGGCGCGGAGGUGCCGGACGCGUUGACGAAUUUCGGGACGCACGUGAAGAAGAAGGAGAGCAAGCUGUACGGCGCGCACUUCAAGGACGUGGACACGAGCGUCAAGGCGACGAAGAUCACGUUCGAUUGA